UGUCCAACACUGAUCGAAUCGCAGUCAUCGAUAACAACUUCAACUCGUCCCUCGUUUAGCUUUUGAAAAUUCAAGUCAUUCUCCUUUUUUCACUUCCGCUCCAGUAUUCGUAGAAACAUGUCGAAAAUCCGCCUGUUAAAAGAGGAAAUUGAGAAGUUCCACCAGAGGUCAUUGCCGAGAUAUGACGGCCUUAGCCCGGAGGACUUGUAUGUGAUGUAUAAGAAGCUCCAAAUGGAGCUGGAGCUUAUUCAGGUGCAGGAGGACUACAUUAAGGAGGAGCAGCGCAAUCUCAAGAAGGAGUUCUUACACGCCCAAGAGGAGGUGAAGCGCAUCAAGGCCGUGCCUCUGGUGAUUGGCCAGUUCCUUGAGGCGGUUGACGAAAAUAACGGCAUUGUGGCGUCCACCACCGGCUCCAAUUACUAUGUUCGCGUCCUGUCCACCAUCGACAGGGAGCAACUAAAGCCCUCCACUUCGGUGGCACUCCACAAGCAGAGCAACUGCCUAGUGGAUCUAGUGCCGCCGGAGGCAGACAGCACGAUUUCAAUGCUGACGCCGGACGAGAGGCCCGCCGUCACCUAUGCGGAUAUUGGGGGCCUGGACUUGCAAAAGCAGGAGAUACGCGAGGCUGUGGAGCUGCCGCUCACCCAUGCCCAGCUGUACAAGCAGAUUGGUAUUGAUCCGCCGCGUGGAGUGCUGCUCUUUGGCCCACCGGGAUGUGGCAAAACAAUGCUGGCCAAGGCCGUGGCCCACCACACCACUGCCUCCUUUAUCCGUGUGGUUGGAUCCGAGUUUGUCCAGAAGUACUUAGGCGAAGGACCACGCAUGGUGCGAGAUCUUUUCCGCCUUGCCAAGGAGAACUCUCCCUCCGUCAUCUUCAUCGAUGAGAUCGACGCGAUUGCCACGAAGCGCUUUGACGCCCAGACGGGUGCUGACCGAGAGGUGCAGCGUAUCCUGCUGGAGCUGCUUAACCAGAUGGACGGGUUCGACGAGACCACCAAUAUUAAGGUGAUCAUGGCCACCAACCGUGCUGACACCCUGGAUCCGGCUCUACUGCGCCCCGGGCGUAUGGACCGCAAGAUAGAGUUUCCCUUGCCGGAUCGCCGUCAGAAGCGCCUGGUUUUUUCCACAAUCACCUCGAAGAUGAAUCUGGGCGAGGAUGUGGACCUGGAGGAUCUAAUCGCGCGUCCGGACAAUAUCUCGAAUGCUGACAUCAAUGCCAUAUGCCAGGAGGCGGGAAUGCAUGCAGUGCGCGAGAAUCGCUAUGUGGUCAACUUCAAGGACUUUGAGAAGGGUUACAAGACCAGCGUGCGAAAGGACGAGACUCAACACGAGUUCUACAAUUAAUCUAAUGAUUUAGGGCACAGCCACAUUACUGAUAGCUAUCAAUGUUCAAUGCUUCAUAAUUAAAAAAUAAACAGAGCUUUAUUUGAA